AUGGCUUUUGAGGCGAACUCGUGCGGGUUCUGUUCACACUGGCUUGCUGGAAGGCACAGGCGAAGUCCCAGCGCCACUGUUUGCCUGAAAGGGGCAAAUAAGAGAAACUAUGGUUCAAGAGUUCGACACGAGUUCAGCGAGACUGGCCGAGAACGAGUAGGAUCCUGGAGAAGCUGCUCCAGUCAGUCGUUGCGUACAAGGCUCUCCGCUCUGGCAGAAGGCGACGCUGCGAGUCGACCCGGCCAGGCAGACCGAGGCCCCGUCUCGCAGACUACAGACUCGUCAUCUGGGCGCAGUGAAGCAGCGGGAGCUGUUCCCACCGGCGGAAGUUCCCAAAGCAGUGCGACAGAGCGCGUUCCGGGGCGAUACAAACUGAGCGCCAUAGAGCUUGCCGAGCAGCGUCGGGCGCUGCGUGCCGUCGCAGAGCGUUAUAAAGCCGCCCGUCUUGCAAAGGAGGCGGAGUCUCGGCGAGUUUUCGGUUUCUGUAGAAACGCAGAGGUUAUCAACGGACGGACGGCGAUGUUCUUUUUCGUGACUGGCAUGCUGACAGAGUACUGGACUGGACAAACGAUGCCACAGCAGAUUGAACUCUUGCUUCGUAUUCUUGGCAUCAUCGAGUAA